GGGAGAGGGGCACUCUUCUUUUACUUAAGGGGAAGAUCGGUGGGAAGGCGAGGAAAAUCUUAUAAGCUAAAAUAAAAGCGAAACAAAGCAAAGUCAGCGGGAGUAUUUUUUUUCAGUCUGAAGAAGUACCUAGUCGAGUGGCUAUCUCUUCACAGGCCCAGUAUACUUUUGAUAGACGUGAAGAAAUAUGUGGGACGACGAACCAGCACCAUGGGAUGUCGACGAAACCCCUGCUGAACAACCUGAGGAAGGAGCUGCCGAAGGAGCUGCCGAAGGAGGUGGUGGAGCUGCUGCAGCGCCUGCAGAAAAACCAAAAGUAGUAUUACUAAAACUCGAGCCACCACACUACAAUCACCAUUGGGUUCGCCCUCUCUUCCUUAAUUAUGACUAUCUUUAUGAAUACAGAAAAAAUUAUUACGACGACUAUAUUGAUUAUUUAAAUCAAAGACAGAAAGGUAUAUUCCGAGAGCCUCCCAGGGCACAAGAAUGGGCAGAGCGAGCAAUGAGAACUUAUGAUCAGAAGAAUACCGACAAGAGUUUCAAACGAUCUGCAGAUAUAAAAUAUAUAACUAAUAUGAGACACGAUCCUAGACAUUAUAGUUAUCAUACUCGAGCGUAUUAUAGUUUAAAGUAUCAGAAAAUUUUGUAAAUUUAUUUUUUUUGAUAACAUCAAUAACAUUAUUAAUGAUAUAUCGACAGAAUCAACAUAUGUGGCAUAGAUGUAAAAUACAUUACAGUCGUUUCUAUCUAUUUGUAACUUGUAGCUCUAAAGUUUUAAUAAUAUUAAUUAUUUAUCGCAACUGCAUGUCUACGUGUUUAUAUUUUAUAAAUUUCAUGCAACGAGUAAAGUUUCAAAUGAAUCUCCGUAUUGCAAAAGCAAAGUGAAGAUAUUCUUCUUUCAACAAGAUUCAUAAUUUAUAUAUUCGAUUUUACAGAAAAAUCAAAAUUAAUUUUAACUUCUUAACUUAAAAUUGAAGCAAAGAAGAAUUGUAUGAAGAUUUUAUUGUUAAGUGUAUAGACUGUAUUGUAAUCUUUAUUGUAGAAAAAGUAUAAUUUUUGUCUAUAUGAAAUAAAAUAUCUUUCAGUUUUCUUUUA